UGGAGCUUCAGCGAAAGGAAAGCAAAAUGGCGGAUGAAGAUGUUACGCUGGAUGGUAAACCGCUACAAUCCCUACGUGUGGCGGAUUUGAAAGCCGCUUUGGAGCAUCGACACCUCCCUAAAAGCGGGGCGAAAAAUGCGCUCGUUAAGCGACUAAAAGGGGCUCUGAUGUUGGAGAAUGUUAAGAGGACCUCCACUUCCCACAUUGGGCUCCAGCCCAACUCCCAGAUUGGGGAGGAGAUGAGCCAGAACAGCUUUAUAAAGCAGUACCUGGCCCAGCAGCAGGAGCUCCUCCGCCAGAGGCUGGAGAGAGAGGCCCGGGAGGCGGCCGAGGCCGAUGCAGGGGAAACAGGCCCUGAGGAGGAGGAGGAGGAGGAUGAGGAGGAGGAGGAGCACACAGAGCAGGGCAACGACAGCGCUUCCUACCACCCUGACAAGCAUCGCCCCAUGCCCUCCCAGCCCCCACUGACCCGGGCAGAGGAAGAGGGAGGAGGUGAAGGAGGGCCAAUGAUGAUGGGAAUGAUGUCCCAGGUUAUGGGCAAAGGGAUGAUGACUCGCAGACCACACUUUGGCCCAGGCUCCGUGCCCCAGGAGUCCCCUGACGCCCCUGGAGGUCCUGGAUCCUGGAUGCAGCAGCGUCCCUCCCUCCGCCACGAGGAGCCCACCACCCCCUCCCCUCCCCGCGCUGUGGCCUCCCUGUCUGUGCGUGUCCUGGGGGACCCCGAGCGCCAGGGCCUGCCACCCUCCAUGCCCCCCCGCGCCCAGGCCCAGGAGAAGGAAGGCACUGCCCCGGCGGAUGACGACCGACCCGCCCACUAUGUGCUCCACCUCAGCCGCUCCGCCCAGGCAGCAGCCGGCGCCGGGGGUAACCGCGUCCAGGAAGACAGCGAUGAAGAUGAUGACAGCAGUGAGGAGGAUGAAGAUGAGUGGGGACCUGCAGCGGGGGCAAGGAGAGGGGUCGGUGGCGGAGGAAGAGGAGGAGGACGUUCCCCUCCCCCCCAGCCCCAGGAGCCUUCCCCCAGCGUCCCAGCGGGCCGAGAGCGGUCCAGACGCAAGCUCCAGCCUCCGCAACAUAUCCCCCCUCAGCAGGUAGUACACCAACCACCCAUGCAGCUCCGCCAGCCCACCCCGCCCCCCUCUCCACCCCCAGAGCUCUCCUUCCCCCUCCCCGACACCCCCAAGCAGAGCCCGCCCGACAUGGCUGAGGAGCCAGAAAGAGCAGGGGCUGGGGUGGCCGUCCGCUCCCCUCCAGGUGGCCUCCAGAGGCAGGACUCCGACUCCAGCUCCCGCUCCAGCAGCCCAGAGCCCCUGGCCCAGCGGCGGCCCGGACCCCUCUCCCUGCUCGCCCGCAAGAUGGCUUCCGAGGGAGCGUUCGGAAAGAGUGGUGAGGGUGCCUCAGACGGCCACACAGGUCCUGGUGGGGAGUCUUCCGGACCAGGAGAUGGAGGUAGCAGCAUCCCAGGAGCAGGACCGGGGGUUGGGGUAGUCAUGUUCCCUGGGGCUGCUAUCACCCACACAGGAGGCAGCAGCGCAGCGCACUCCGGAUCCGUCCCUGUAGCUGAGGUCCCUGCACCAGUGGCUAUGUUUGGAUCAGGAGCCCAGUCCCAUCCUCUCUCUCUGGUGUCUGGAGCAGCUGUCCCCAGCAUGACCCUCACCGCUGAGCCCCAGGGUCCAUCUGGAGAGACGGCACAGAAGAGGACGGAGAAAGAGAAGAAGCAGGUGGAGAAGGAGAAACAGGAAGAGAAGGAGAGGGAGAGUUGCCUGCCGCCAGGGAAGCACAGACGUGAUUUGAUGUCUCUGUCUGCGUCCUCACAGUUUGGGUCUGGGGGGUCAGAGGUGCCUGCGGUGAACCAGGGGGACAGCCCGAAGAAGUCACCCUUCGGCAGGGACGAACCCCUCUCCUCCCCUCCCGGCUCAACCACCUGCCUGCCUGCCGUCGCCCCCAAGAAGCCCCGCAUGUUCUCCGACACCUCAUCUGGCUCCAUGACGUCCCCUCCCAAACCUGGGCAGGAAGGGUCUGUGGUGGUGACCACCCCAGGGGGACCCCCUGAACCCCAUGGUAUAUCUGUGAAACCGCUCAAACAGGGAGUCCUCGUCUCAGGGGCCCAGCAGCACACGGACAACACCAUAGAGGUCACCUCACCGAACAAGGCGUCCGCGGAAAAGCCUGGAGGAGACGAUGGGAAGAUGGAGAAGGAGCGUGACAGCCAGGCAGAAAAGGGGACAGCGAAAGCCGGGGAGACCAGGAGAAGGGGACCUGAAGAGGCUGUUGAGGUUGAGCCCAUGGGGCCUGUUCUGCCCCCCUCUUACCUAGGUAAGAGAGAAGAGGAGAAGAAGCGGAAGGAAGAUGAGAGGAAGAAGGAAGAAGAGAGGUGCAGGCAGAGGAAGAGGGCGAGCAACAGGAGGUCAUCCCCCACCAGCAGCGGCGACUCUUCCUCCGAUUCUGGAUCCUCUUCAUCACGUUCCUCUGGCUCCAACUCCUCCCAGGACAAAAAAAAGAAGUCUGGCCCUGGAAAAGGAAGACAGGAUGAAAAGAGAAGACUGGAAAAGGGAGGAGAGAAGAAACAGUCUUCCAGGGAGGAGAAGCAGUCUUCCCUGUCGGAGCCGUCCGGCCCUGGCCCUAUGGAGGUGGUGGAGAGGACAGACCCAGAGGACUCCAGGGCCCCCCAGCCCACCCCCGAAGGGGACCCAGAGAACAGUGAGGGCCGCAUGGAGGAGAGCACCACUCUUAAAGCUUUGGCCGCACGCAAGAUCUCUUUGACCACAGGCAGUAAGACGUCUCCAGAGGGAGCAGCAGCAGGAGAGGCAGACUCGGGGACCGCCGCUGGGAGGAAGAGGAGGUGGGGAUCCAGCACGGCCGUCACCGCCAAGAAACCAUCCAUCAGCAUCACCACAGACUCACUCAAGUCUCUGAUCCCAGACAUCAAGCCCAGUCAGGAGGCUGUGGUGGAUCUCCACCCAGACGACAUCCAGCUGUCUGGGGACGAGGACACCUCCUCUACCACCAGGGAGGACCAGGGCCUGGACAAGGACCUCAAGAUCAGACGCACCGUCACACAGGUGGUGGUCCCAGGUGAAAGCCAGGAGAAUGGCCAGGGAGGACGAGAAGAGGAGGAGGAGGAGAAACGGGAGCGUGACAGAGAGAGGACACACAAAGAGAAGAGAAAGGACAGCUACUCAGAAGACACCAUGGAGUGUCAGUCCUCUACAACACAGGACGCCGACACCAAGAAAGUCACUCCCAGUGAUACUCUGGUGCGUCGCUCCAUCAGUCAGCAGAAGUCUGGUGUGUCUGUUACCAUCGACGAUCCUGUCCGCACAGACAAACAGCCCUCACCGCCCAGAGGCAAAGUCUCCAACAUCGUCCACGUCUGUAACCUGGUGCGACCUUUCACCCUGGGCCAGCUGAAAGAGCUGCUGAACAGGACAGGCUCUGUGGUGGAGGAGGGCUUCUGGAUCGACAAGAUCAAAUCUCACUGCUACGUCACUUACUCCAGCACAGAGGAGGCUGUGGCCACACGAGCUGCUCUCCACGGGGUGAAGUGGCCCCAGAGCAACCCUAAAUUCCUCAGUGUGGACUUCUGUGAGCAGAAUGAGCUGGACUUCCACAGAGGUCUGCUGACCGUGGACCCCAGAGAGGAGCAUCGCCCCCAGCCUGCUGUGGGUCCUGGAGGUCCCAAAGUCCGUCCGGGGGGGCUGCCCCCUCUGAUGCCUGAACGGGACGGGCGUGGGGACCGCGGGGCUGUCGGAGGGGUGCGGGACCAGUGGGCGGAGAGAGAAAGGGAGAUGGAACGCCGGGAGAGGACCAGGGCGGAACGCGAGUGGGACCGGGACAAGGUCCGAGACUUCGGAGACAAACCAGGAGAGGUGCGGGAGAGAGGGAGGAGAUCUCGCUCCCUGGAUAGAGAGAGGAGGCGGAAGGAGAGGGACGGGAAGGAGAGGAAGACUGACAAAAAGGAAGAGCCUCCUGCCAAACUACUAGACGACCUCUUCAGUAAGACCAAAGCAGCUCCCUGUAUAUACUGGCUUCCCCUCACUGAGGAACAGGCAAACGAGAGGGAGAAGGAACGGGAAGAGCGACAGAAAGAACGAGAGAGGAGGCGGAAAGAACAGCAGGAGGAGGAGGACAAGAAGCGAGAGGAGGAGAGGAAGGAGAGAAUAAAAAGCAGAGAGGAGGGAGGAGCUGCGGUCAGCACUGGAGGUGGGAGUGUCCGGGGAUCUGAGGGAGACCGGGACAGAGAGGGGGAGCGAGGGAGGGACAGAGAGGGGGAGCGAGGGAGGGACAGAGAGGGGGAGCGAGGGAGGGACAGAGAGGGGGAGCGAGGGAGGGACAGAGAGGGGGAUAAGAGGAAGGACAGUGGUGGAUUCAAACCCAGAGGUCCCGACGCUAAACCCUUGUCCGGGUUCCGCCGUAGCCGUAGCAACCUCCGAGACAGACGCCGCUGAGAGUGGUGACAGUCUGACGUAGCGGGAGAGAUGGCGGGAGAAAAAAGGAGGGAUGCAAUCAUGUGACACACAAUUGGAACACUGCAGAAAGAGAGAUCUAGUCCCCCUCCUUUACCUUUAAAACACUUCCAUUAUCUUCAUGGUAGUAGUCUGUUCCUCCUACCUAGUUAACUGUCCUUUAGGCCAAGGAGACUCCCAUUUAGAAAACCUCACUUUGUAAUGCUGUCUGUCUCACAUUUACAUGUAUAAACUACUUGGUCACAUGUUGAUUGUUAGUGAAGUGAAAAUGGCUGCCUCCAAAAUGGUACCCUAAUUCCUACACGCGGGCCCUUGUCGACAGUAUUGUACUAUAUAAGGAAUAGAUAUGGUGCCAUUUCAGACACAAUCUCUCUUCCUCCGUCAUCAGUCUGUCUGCCAGCCCAUGUAUUGGGUGUAUGUGCGUCUUCCUCAUACGAAGCAGUUGAGGCCUAUUCUGAGCUCUGUAAAUUGUCCUGCAUUUUAACCAGAGAUGGAAACUGAGGAAUGGCGGUUUGGCUCCCUCUAGCUAGUGUCCGCUGCACUCUUGCGGCUUGGAACAAAGACUCUUCCCUGUAAUAAUCAAUUUAAAAAUAGCAGACCAGCCUACAAACAUGUUCUAGAAUCAAUUUUAAUAUUCCAAAAUCCUUUUGAAGUAAUUUUUUUCUACUACCCCUACCAAGGCCCUUUGUAGGGUCAUGUGAAGGUUAUAUUUUCUCCUUUGAUGUUUUAUGAUGAAUCUUGUCAAUCUCAGCCUUGGAUGGGUUUUGUGUUCUAGUGUGUGUGGUGGUCCAAUAUCCCUCUCCACACACUUAAGGUUACAGCUGGUAAUGUGUCAUUACACUGAAAACAUCAUAUGCUUAAAAAAAUCAUACUAUGUAACUGUCCUUUUGCCUUGUCAGAUGGGAAGGGACAUUCGUGUGGGGUGGGGGACUGAUUUCAUAGACGCACACCUGGUAUGUAUACUGUUAUGGGUGGGGAGGGGAACCAAAAGCACUGAGACAAUCAGUGUGGCACUGGAAUGACAUUUAAUUGUCCCAUUUUUCUGUCUUUCUCCUCCAGUCACUUGUCAUUGGAUGAGUUUAAAACUUAAUUAUCUACCGUUUUAAUAUUGUUAAUUUUACGAUUUUAGUUUAAAGCAUUCUUAUUUGGCUCAUUUGUUUGUUUCCUGUAAGUGCUGAAUGUACAAAUAAAUAAAAUAUAUGCAAAGUUA